AAAAAAGCUAUAAUAUGCGUCAUGGUGGGACAGGCGACUAUGAACUAUCUGAAAGCGACAGUUUGGUAGAGUUUAGUGCAGCAACAGUGAGGAGACAGACUAAACAUACAGAUUAAAAAACGUUUCCAGAUCUAGCAGAAGCGCUGUAUGCUUUAUUAGUAAACCUGUUAAUCUUUAUGGGACUUCAUUGCAGUUCUGGGAGGAUGUUUUAUAAAACUGUUCUUAUCCUGGCAGCCGUGCACGCGGCUUCGUCCGCGGUUUAUAACGGCAGCGCCAUCGUUAGGACCUUUGCCAGGCGAUUAGUCACGGAAUGGCCCCUGGUCACAGACGAGCCUAUAGAUCUGGACCUGCUGGACUACUACCCAAACGAAGACAGAAAUGGGCCCGGAGGCAGACUCAACCAUGGAUCCGCACCGGGACAGAGAGUUGGGUUUAUUAACGGGUCCAGACUGGGACAGGUGGAACUGGGCUCGGUCAGGAAUGUUACAGGAGUCUGGUCUUACGCUAUCUCUGUUACGGCCAACGACUUCCUCACAGGCCGUCUGUCCACCAUCUUCAUCCCGACGCUUUACACCGUCGUCUUCCUCAUCAGCGUGCCCCUCAACACUGUCGCCAUGGUGACCUUUUCCCGACAGAUCCGUCCCAUGAAGCCGGCGGUGAUCUACAUGCUGAACCUGGCGGCCGCUGACCUCCUGUUCGCCCUAUUGCUGCCCUUCAAGAUCGCCUACCACUACAGCGGCAACGACUGGGGCUUCGGCGAGGGGAUGUGCCGCCUGGUCACUGCCGCCUUCUACUGCAACAUGUACUCCUCCGUCCUCCUUAUGACCUGUAUCAGCGUGGACCGCCUGCUGGCCGUGGCCUACCCCAUCAACUCCCUGGCCUGGAGGAGUCCAUGUAACGCAGCCCUGGCCUGCAGCUCCAUGUGGGUCCUGGCUGUGGGUGGCUCGCUGCCCCUGGUCCUCUCACAGCAGACGGUCUACUACGACCCACUGGGCAUAACCACCUGCCAUGACAUCCAGGACCUGAAGCUGUUAGAGGGGCGCUACCUCUUCUUCUUCCCCAUUCUCUCCUGCACCCUCUACUUCCUGCCGCUGUUCGUCACGGUGACCUGCUACUCCCGGGUGGUGCAAGUGCUCAACAGGGCUCCACACGGCGUCAUAGGUCGUUCAAGGCAGAAGGCACGGGCAGUGGUGAUGGUGGUCAUCGUGCUGGUGGUGUUUGUGAUUUGUUUCACGCCCACCAACGCCAUCCUUCUGGCUCACUACCUCCAGAUUGGUGGGCGGGUGGCGGGGGAGCCGGACGCCACUCACGUGGCCUACCUGGUGUCUCUGUGUGUGGGGAGCAUAAGCUGCUGCCUGGACCCCCUGGUCUACUACUUUGGCUCGUCCCGGUGCCAGAGGCAGCUUGCGGCGGCUCUGGGGUGCCGGGCGGCCGCAGAGGGAGGGAAGAAUCUGGCCUCAACCUCUGGUUCUUCCAGCACCAGCACCAGCACCAGGAUAAGUAAGGUGGAUGCCUUCCAGGCCAGCCUCAUCAGCCAGUACAAGAAACUCCUGGUCUUCACUUUAACGUCGUGCGGACAGAAGGAAUCCACAAACAAACGCGCCGUCGGCAUUCAACACUCUUCAGACAUCGCAUAUAGGUUGAUGCUGGAUCCUUUUGUGGAAGUUAACAUGAGUUUUAAGCCACAUUGUUUGAAACUGAUAUUUUUAUUGGCCUGUGCCGGGCACUGUAUGUCUCAGGAAACUGAGCAGAUCGAUGCUGAUGUUAUCAACCGAGGCUUCACGGGGACCGAGUCACCGGAAGGAGUGUGGGUCUCCCAGACGGCCCACAUGGUCCUGGACAGUCGUCUGACCACGGUGUUCCUCCCCAUCGUCUACAUCGUGGUGUUUGCUGUGGGGCUCCCCACCAACGCCAUGGCCAUCUGGGUCUUCCUGUUCAGGACCAAGAAGAAGCACCCUGCCGCCAUCUACAUGGCCAACCUGGCUCUGUCCGACCUGCUCUUUGUCAUCUGGACUCCCCUGAAGAUCGCCUACCACUUCAACGGUAACGACUGGAUCUAUGGAGAGGGGUUGUGUAAAGUCCUGGUGGGCUUCUUCUAUGGGAACAUGUACUGCUCCAUCCUCUUCAUCACCUGUCUGAGUGUCCAGCGCUACUGGGCCAUCGUCAAACCACUCUCCCAGAAUAGGAGAAAUAACGAGGUAGCCAUCGGCGUCUCUGUCGCAGUCUGGGUGGGGGUCUGGCUGAUGACCACCCCUCUCUACCUCUAUGACCAGACGGUCACAGUGACCAACCUCAACAUCAUCACAUGCCACGACGUCACCCGACCCAGCCAGAAUAGCAUGGCCGCAGGCUACUUCCUGACCAUGGGAAUCCUGGGAUUUGUAGUUCCCACCGUGGUGUGCGUGGUGGCCUACAUUCUGAUGCUCAAGUCCCUGAGGAACUCCAUGACAGAUGCCAGCAUCACUAAGACUCGGCGCAAGGCGGUGGUGCUAAUCAUCACCGUGUUGGUCAUGUUCCUGGUCUGUUUCACCCCCAGUAACAUCAUGCUGCUGGUGCACUACUCCCUCCUGCUGGCCGGAGGCGUGAACAACGGCUACGGCUUCUACAUCUCUACCCUGUGUCUGGCCGCCCUCAACAGCUGCCUGGAUCCGUUCAUCUACUACUUCAUCUCAGAGGAGUUCAGGCAGCAUGUGAAAAACACACUGAGAUGCCGCAGCGAGAGGACGGUGGAGAGAAUGAGGGUCUCGUUCAACGCUCUGAAGUACUCCAAAAAGAGUAGCACCUACACUUCAGACUCUGGGAAAACACAGAGCAGCUCCUGUUAAGGAGGGGGUUGUCAUGUGGAGAUAGUUGGCUGUACUGAUGUUUUUCAAAGAACUGGAUGGGUGAAAGGGAAUACCGGGUUGGUGUCGAUUUACCAUGUUCCUUUCACCUGACAUCUGUUGUCAUCAGUAUCAAUGGAGACGAAGCCAUUUUAAAUGGAGAUGCAACCCCAGACUACUUCAUAUAUUAUGUGCUUAUUACAUUGCCUUCUCUCUCCUCAUACAUUUUUUUUUUGGUUUUGUGCAGAUUUUGUUGGUUUUAUGUAGAGGACAAAAUUGCUAAGUGUGAAGUGGCAUUGUUUUUAUUCUGUGUUUCUGAUCCAUUCCCCACAUUUAAAUAGUCUGAUGUCCAUUAAGUUUGUUCCAGCACAGCAGCUCUUUAAAACUGUAAACUUGGUUCUCAGUGCCAUAUAGCACUGACCCUUCACUUCUGGUAAUGUGCACUGUUCUUUAUUAAAUGAGCCAUACUUGACCUAAAUCAUGAAUCGAUGAUCUUUGUAGCACCUAUGCGUCCUUGUAAAUGCACAUCGGAUUGACUCAGGUGACAUGUAUAAAUUGUUUUAUUUAUUGUUCUUUAAAAAAUAUAUGUAGUGUAUACAUUUUCUUUUUCUGCAUAUUGCGAUGAAAUAUGUCAUGUCUUUAUUUUUUAUUAAAAAAUUAAAUUCUA